CCUUUGGUGCUUAUAUAAAGCCUGUGGAUUUACAGGGAGGAGGGAGAGCCUAAGCGGUGUGGGCAAUGAAAAGGCAAGGGAGGGACUCUGCUCUCAUCUUCUCACUGGAGUGAUGCUUAUUGGGCACCUGUAAUGGUGGUGAUGUGAUUACUACUGAUUUGGAGGCUUUCGGAUUUUGUUCUCGUCACUGGUGAUUAUAAAAACGAGCGCAAGAAAGAGAAGAAUGAAUAAAAGAACAGGAAUUAAAUUAAGUAAUAAGAAAUUGGAGUUGGGAGUUUGGUGCUUGAGGGCAUUCUGCUCUUCUUGAUAAUUUGCGAAUCUACAGGUUUUGCUGCUGUGUGUAUGCCCAUUUUAGCUGCGGACUUUGUGGGUUUUGCCUCUGGUUUGGGAAACACCAACGCUUGCAGCUUUGACUCUUUAAACCCUAAAUUCCAAUUCUCUAUGCUUGUGCGGGAAAAAAAAAUCGUUCCUUACAUUUUCCCCCUUCCUGACUAUCUCUACUUCAAAGAUUCCAUCUUUUUCCCCUGCAGAGAUUUUAUUUUAUCGUCUUUAUAAGAUCCCAUAGAGAAGCUUUCAUUAGAUUUCAUGUUCUUCUGAUGAUUUGCGUUUAAGGAAGUGGUGAGGUGUUGAGGUCUCAGUACUUGAAAACUGAUCUGCAAAUUUCUUUCAAAAUGAAGUAUAUGAAGCUUGGAUCAAAGCCUGACGCCUUUCAGUCGGAUGGGAACAAUAUCAGGUUUGUUGCUAGUGAAUUGGCAACAGACAUUAUUGUUAAUGUGGAUGACGUCAAGUUUUACCUUCAUAAGUUUCCCCUUUUGUCGAAGAGUCCCCGCCUUCAGAGGUUGGUUGUCGCCACCGCAAGUGAGGAAAGCAGUGAUGAGAUUGGAAUUCCCGACAUCCCAGGUGGCCCUGCUGCAUUUGAGAUUUGCGCGAAAUUUUGCUAUGGCAUGAUUGUCACCCUCAACGCAUAUAAUGUUGUCGCAGCUCGCUGUGCAGCAGAAUAUCUUGAAAUGCAUGAAACUGUUGAGAAAGGGAAUCUCAUCUACAAGAUUGAUGUGUUUCUCAAUUCUAGUGUUUUCCGCAGCUGGAAAGACUCGAUCAUCGUGCUCCAAACCUCAAAAUCCUUGCAACCUUGGUCAGAAGACCUCAAGGUGGUUAGCCGCUGCUUGGACUCAAUAGCUUCCAAGGCUUCUAUUGAUCCUGCAGAAGUAGAAUGGUCUUAUACAUAUAACAGAAAGAAACUCCCAUUGGAAAAUGGCGUAGAUACUCAAUGGAACGGCGUUAUUAAGCAACAAUCUGUGCCUAAAGACUGGUGGGUUGAAGAUCUCUGUGAGCUUGAAAUGGACUCCUAUAAACAAGUUAUAAUGGCCAUAAAAUUCAAGGGUAGAAUAUCUGGUGAAGUAAUUGGAGAAGCUUUAAAAGCUUAUGCUUACAGAAGAUUGCCGGGCUUCAGCAGAAUAACUUUGACAAAUGGAGAAGAUUUUGCGAAGUGUCGGACUUCACUGGAAACCAUUGUAUGGUUACUUCCUACCAAGAGAGGAUCAGUAUCGUGCAGUUUCCUACUGAAACUGCUGAAAGCAGCAAGCUUUCUUGAUUGCAGUGAAAAUUGCAGGAAAGAAUUGAUCAAGAGAACAGGACAGCAGUUGGAAGAAGCAUCAGUAGCUGAUUUAUUGAUUCCUGCUCCAGUAGGAGGGAGUACCUUAUAUGACAUUGAUCUUGUUCUUGAGGUCAUGGAAGAGUUCUUAAUGCAUCAGCAUAGCCAUAUUCGAAGCAGCCUGCAGACCUCAGGAGAUCUUCUCGAAGGUAGGUGUUCUGGUUCAGUUUCUAGCAAUGCGACGGUCACUGUUGCAAAACUGAUUGAUGGGUACCUUGCUGAAACUGCCAAAGACCCUGCUCUACCUAUUUCAAAGUUUGUUGAAAUAGCUGAGAAGACAUCGAGUUUGUCGAGAGCAGUUCAUGAUGGGCUCUAUCGCGCUAUUGAUAUGUUUCUAAAGGAGCACCCAGACCUCACAAAGAUUGAGAAGAAGAAAAUAUGCAGUCUUAUGGACUGCAAGAAACUGUCACCAGAUGCGUGCAUGCACGCCGUGCAGAAUGACCGACUUCCCCUUAGAAUAGUAGUACAGGUCCUCUUUUUCCAUCAAGUGAGACAAUCUUCCAUAGCUUGUGUUGGUCAAUCACUUGUCCCUCAAGAAAAUGGUGCUGCCUCCUAUGGGGUUUCGAGAUCCGCAGCGACAACGGCAAAUACCAGGGAUGAAUGGGAUGGAGUCCCCACCGCCGGAGACAUCAGCUCUCUUAAAUCUAUGAAGCUAGUUGGUCGAGCAGGAACAGGAAGUGAAAAGAGUAGUAGCAGUGGUGACACAGGCAAGAAUUGUGAGGAUAAAGUUGGUGGAAAAGUGAAGUCUGUUCUCAUGCCUAGUAGAAUGCUGAGCAAGUUGUGGUCAGGGAAGGUAUACGGCGGUGAGAACAGUAGCUCCGACACAUCGGAAGGUCAGGGGUCAAUUAACCCCGACGAAGCUAAGUCCACCUCCACAUCAAGAAACCUAAGGUAUCAAGUUACUUAGCAGAGAGUUCUAAAGCUGGAUAUGGUGUUUGUAAACAGAAGUUGUUGAAGAAUUUAUGAGAGAGCUGAGAGGGCUUCCUUACAUGGAAAAGGUAUUGUUGUGUAUUGGGAUUCAUUACUGUGUACAGAAUGUUGAAUGUAGUAUUUUGUUCAUUAAUACACAACGAUACAUAGAAAUACCCAUAGCUCGGUGUGUAUUUGGAUGACUUCACAAUCUUUCCCAUGCAAGGCCAGCUCUCAUGGUGAUGGGGCAUAUAGAUGUUUCAAUUGUUUACAGUUGCACAAUGAGAAGAAAUUUUUGUUGUAAAAUGGAUUUUGGGAAGAAAGCUGCAUUGUCAUGGGAUCUUUUUUUUCAACGAGUCUUGCUGAGCAGCACUGAAGCUCUCUACCUAUGUUAUCAUAAGAAAAAAAAAAAUAUUUUAAGUUGCUGCAGCUGAGUAGAACUCCAGAUUGCACUAAGGCUUCUCUGUGUACAAAGUAAAUCUACAUUUGUGGGAGGAAUUGUUUUUUAUUUCAGGAUCUAAUUUGUAACUAAAACCAUGUUACUAUAGUUGACAGAACAAUGUUAAUUGUUAUUGAACACAUUUUCUUCCGUUUUUCA